GCAUGGAUGACUGAGACUUUACAGCAAACAAAUCCUGGAUGAUAACCCGCGCCAUUCUUCUGUUCCACGUUCCUCGCUUUACAGCCUUGUCACUUAUCAGGGGCCGUGCGCGCGGCAUAAACCGGUGUUGUCGACCUUGGAAGUCACCUACAGACACGAACUCACGGCCUCUAUAAACGCCGCAAUGCCAGCCCCAUCCUUGCCCUCCCCUAGGAUCAUCCACGUUAACACUAGAGGCGCUGUAAUUCUAGCGGAGGAGUCGCCCGAGACUCGUGAUAGCAGAGGCAUCUACCUCCCAAAUCACAUUGAACCAGUUUCGCACAUUGCUGUGGAUAUAGGUGGAUCGUUGGCUAAGGUUGUCUAUUUCACGCGUUCACCUGAAGAGCCUCCAUCACCCUCGGUUGCCGGUCCAAGUGAUGCUGCGAGUAAUUCCUUCCUACAUGCCGAAGGCACACCGUCACGAUCAUUGCCACCUUCUCCGCGGCUGCAAGCCAGCCACCCUUACUCACGCAACGGCACACUGACACCCGCGGUUCUUGAGUCAUCUCAAAACAAUCAAAGUGGCAAUGCAAGUCGAUCCGAUGCAAACGGGAAUCAAGACGAGCGGUCCGUGUACGAUGGUGAAACUCUUGACACAGAGCUGUUGCGGUCGACGAUCCUCAAGCGCACGGCGACGGUACAUCACAUCCCAGGUGGCUACAUCAAUUUUGAACGAUUCGAAACGGAAAACAUCUCCGCGCUCAUCUCAUUCAUUUCCGAUCUCAUUGUCCGCUCUGCCGAGGCAAAUGGCGUCUCUAUCGAGGAGAUGAGGCGUGGCGUUAAGAUUAUGGGAACGGGGGGUGGAGCACAUAAGUUUGGAGACCUGCUUGAGAAGGAGCUUAAGGUGGAAGUGGUUCGUGAGGAAGAGAUGGAGUGUCUGAUAGAGGGGAUGAAGUUCAUGACGAUGAUACCAGAGGAGGUUUACUAUUUCUCGGACGAGCUCAUCUCAGAGUUCUCGCAUCCCGGUACCGGAAAGUCAAAGAGCUCGGCCGACGGUUCAAUUGAUAAAGGGAGGGCCGCCACGGCGUCUUCCUCUACAGCAAGUCCGGUGCUCGAACGGCCAUCACCUAAUCCGCCGAGAUAUGCCGUGACUUUCGAAACCGAAGAGCCCUCGGCACACCUGCCGUGCCUUCUCGUAAACAUAGGGUCGGGUGUAUCCAUCAUCAAGGUUGAUGCUGAUGGGACGUUCGAGCGGGUAAGCGGCACCAGUCUCGGCGGUGGCACCCUGUGGGGGUUACUAAGUCUACUCACACCUGCGAAAACCUUCGACGAAAUGUUGGCACUCUCUGAGAAGGGCGACAAUACAGCAGUAGAUAUCCUUAUCGGGGAUAUCUAUGGCACGGAUUAUUCCAAGAUAGGGCUCAAGUCGAAUACAAUUGCGAGUUCGUUUGGCAAGGUGUUCAAGAACCGUGGCGAGGGCAAGGCACCAGGCGAACGACGCAAUUUUAAGGCGGAGGAUAUCAGUAGAAGUCUUCUUUAUGCUGUGUCGAACAAUAUUGGGCAGAUUGCUUAUAUGAAUGCGGAAAAGUACGGCCUUGACCGGAUUUAUUUUGGCGGCUACUUUAUCCGUGGUCAUUCAGAGACUAUAGCAACACUUUCAUAUGCGAUACGGUUCUGGAGUAAUGGGAAGAAAAGGGCAUUAUUUUUCAGACAUGAAGGCUUCCUGUAUGUUGUCAGUUUGGCGGGUUUAAUUUACCAUGCUGACCGCCCAUAUAGGGGAGCUGUUGGAGCCUGGAUCAAAAAUAUUGAAGGCGGAGGGGCAUUAUCCCAGACGCCAGCAUCGGAAUCGCUCCACGGGUCGGAUCCUUGAAAUGUGAUACCCUACAAUUACUUACCCUGACUGGUGCACCAUCGGAGUUCUCGAGGUACAAGUUUCUUGCCCGUCGUCGCGAGGCAGCCAUGCUUGCUGCUGACUUCUCAUCGCUACUAUAAAUACAGCCACACCUAUCCAUGCGAUUUUUGUAUUAACUCACAGCCAUCUAAUGUCCUGC